ACGGGACUUUCUUUAAAAUAUAAUCCCCCAGGUUGUUACAGUUUAGCAGAAUAACAAAAGGAAGAUUUCCAGUGGACGCGGACAGCGGUCUCCCCGGGGGAGAUUAGACCGUUAGCCCUGUUAUCCUCCCGGUACCUGGGAUUAGCUAACGUUAGCUGGCCCGGCUAACAAGCUAAUAACAACAACAAGGCUGUGGAGCUGUCUGCAAGGAGAUUUCGAGGAACAUGUCUGAGUCCAGCGGCCUGAUCGAAGUGACUGUGAAGACUCUGGACUCCCAGAGCAGGAGCUACACAGUUCGAGGACAGCUGACAGUGAAGCAGUUCAAGGAGCACAUCGCUUCAUCAGUGGAGAUCCCAGUGGACAAGCAGAGGCUCAUCUACCAGGGCAGAGUGCUGCAGGAUGACAGGACGCUUACUGAAUACAAUGUAGAUGGGAAGGUAAUCCACCUGGUGGAGCGUGCCCCACCUCAGGCCAGCAUGUCUGGGUCUGGGUCUGGGGGUGCGGGUGUUUCCACUGGGGGGGCAGAGGGCAGCAGCCAUGCCUCCACCUCCUCCCAGGGUGCACUGCAUGACCGCAACAGCAACAGCUACGUGAUGCUGGGUACCUUCAACCUGCCUGUCAACAUCAUGGACCCUCAGCAGAUACAGAUGUCUGUACAGCAGAUGAUGGCUGGAGUCAGUGAAGCUGGGAGGAAUGCCAGGGUCAGCACCAGCUCCGGG